AAAUCUCUCACAUCUCUUCUACUUUUGUAUUUGUUAGCGUUAAAAUACUCUAGAAAUAUGUCCGAUAGAGAUGUAUACCUACCUUUAGAAAGCUCUGCCGAGGGUUGUGAUACAUCCUACUCUAAUAGUAGAAAAGAAAUUGACGUUGCGAGUACGGUUCAGCUCUACGAAAGAGAAGCGCUUGCAUCAUACGAAGAUUUCAGCUGACUGGGACUAGGACGAUUUCACGCCUGCGGUUCUCGGGUCAAGAUUAGAUCAAAGAAUUCUCGUCACUGAAUGUUUAGUUUGUUGCGUUUGUAUUUUGCUUUCUGUUGCAAAAUCUAUGCUAAGAAGGAUUGUUGUGUUCAUUUCUGUCGCCUUAACAUAUUAUUCCUUUGCACUAAAUGCGGCCGAGGUUUCCUUGGCUCGAGUACAGACUGUGAGCAGACAGAUAGCGAGCACAUUACCUGGGUUUUUCAUUGGAACAGCGCUUAGAGUGUUUCCCCCUUAAAAUGCAUAGCAACAUGAACGAGCUUAGUGAACCAGACGAAUUCUUCUUCUGCAGCCAUGCAAUACCUUUUACUCAGCGAGGAGUCAAGAGGCUGGCCACCGAGUACAAGAAGGUGCUGUAUCGAGAGUUCACUGAUAAAAACUUUUGUCAAGAGAAACCACAUCCACCGCACCUUGGCUUUCUGGGUCCAGUCAUCAAAGGAGAAGUAGGUGACACAAUAAGGGUCCACUUUAAGAACAUGGCUCGCAGGGCCUUCACCGUGCACCCUCAUGGACUCUUUUACAGCAAGGCUGCUGAAGGAUCCUUUUACGCUGACCACAGCAGUGACGAACAAAAGAGAGAUGACAAAGUCCAGCCUAAUCAGGAACAUAUAUACAACUGGUUUAUAAAUGAACAUCACGCUCCCACAGAUUCAGACGAGGAUUGUGUCACCAGAAUGUACCACUCCCACGUGAUUUCUCCGAAGGACACUAACACUGGAUUAAUAGGGCCAUUGUUGAUUUGCAAGCGAGGUGCUUUAAUGGAAAACAGUGCUCAAAGGAAAAACGUAGACCAUGAAUUUGUCCUCCUUUUCACCGAGAUGAACGAGAAUGAGAGCUGGUUGUUGGAUGACAAUAUUGACAGCGUUUCCGCUGAUCCAGCGGCGACAAAAGCACUGAAAGCUGACCCAGAAUUUCAAGCCAGCAACAAAAUGGCGUCGAUUAAUGGUUACAUCUAUGGCAACUUGCCAGGACUGGACAUGUGUCAAGGAGACAAGAUCAGCUGGCAUAUGAUUGGACUUGGAACGUGGAGCGAUGUUCACAAUCCCUCGUUCCAUGGACACACCGUUAUAAUCAGUUCUCACCGUAGAGACACAGUCACGCUUCUUCCAUCUACUUUUAUUACAGCUUCCAUGACAGCAUUGAAUCCGGGAACUUGGCUGCUAAAUUGUAUGAACAGCAAGUUCUUUGAUAAUGGGAUGGCAGCGUUUUUUAAUGUCAAAAACUGUAGUAAGAGAAUGGACCCACCCAAAGUUAAUGGUGGAAAGACAAGAAUCUAUUACAUUGCAGCUGAAGAAGUGCUUUGGAGUUACGGGCCGUCUGGUCAAAAUAAUAUUGAUGGAAUGUCAUUAAUCUCCCCUAAAAGUGAAUCAUUCCAGUAUUUCACUCGCUCUGGUAACAAAAUAGGAGGGCAAUACAAGAAAGCAGUGUACGUAGAGUAUACAGAUGAUACUUUUAGUAGCAAAAAGAAUGGAUCAGCUGAUGAAGAGCAUUUAGGAUUCCUUGGUCCUGUGAUCCGUGCUGAAGUUGGCGACGAAAUCAAGGUUGUUUUCAAAAACAAGGCAAGUCGAAAUUAUACUGUACACCCCUUAGGUGUACUUUACGACAAAGCUAGCGAAGGAUCUCAGUACCAUGACGGUACAUCCGGGAAUGAAACUGCUGAUAAUGCGAUAGCUCCAAAUGGAACAUACCUUUACACAUGGAAAGUGCCUAGCUCUGUAGCACCAACAGAGAAUGACCCUGCGUGUCUUACAUGGAUGUAUUACUCAAAUGUUGACUCGACCAAGGACAUACAUAGUGGGCUAGUUGGACCUCUUCUUAUUUGCAAAAAUGGAACUUUAAGCCAAAAUGGCAAACAGCGAAACAUCAAUCGCGAGUUCUUCCUCCGGUUUGCCUUGACAGACGAAGGACAGUCUUGGUACUUGGCUGAAAACAAGUAUCUUGCAGAAAAUGGAUCGGCCAUCGACGAAAAUGACUCCAGCUUCAAAAAGAGUAACCAGAUGAGAAAUAUCAAUGGAUACAUGUUCGGAAAUUUACCUGGUCUGCGCAUGUGCAUAGGCGAUAAUGUGUCUUGGCAUUUCAUGGGCGGUCCUGCAAGUCAAAUGCACUCAGUCUACUUCUAUGGAAAUACAUUUACUAAAAAUGGGAAUAGCCAUGACACGCUGGGAAUGAUGGAAGGAUCAUUGGACAGCGUACAAAUGACCCCAGAAAACCCGGGUGUGUGGAAACUAAUUUGUCGCACGAACAGCAAUCUUCAAGGAGGAAUGGUUGCUAGGUAUGCCGUUUUAGAGGAUUGUGGGAAUUCGUCUGCAACUAAGGCAGUGAGAGGACAGAUGAGGGUGUAUCAUAUCGCUGCAGUCGAAGAAACAUGGGAUUACGCCCCAUCUGGAAAAGAUUUGAUUGAAGGAGUUGAUCUCAGGGACAGCGAGUUCGCUCCUCGUUACACAAUACCGGGUCCACAUUUCAUCGGCCGUAAAUACAAGAAGGCAAUCUACAGACAGUACACUGACGCCUCAUUCACCAAACAGAAACCAAGAACGGAGGAGGAAGAACAUUUGGGUAUUAUGGGACCAAUGAUAAAGGCUGAAGUAGGAGAUACAAUUGAGGUUGUGUUUAAGAACUUGGCAACAAGACCGUAUUCGAUACAUCCUCACGGAAUAUUGUACAGCAAGCAGGACGAGGGUUCAUCCUAUAAGGACAACACAACGGUGACAGAUAUCGCAGACAAUGCUAUUGCUCCUGGAAAACUUUAUAACUACAAAUGGAAAGUGUCCGAAAGAUCGGGGCCUGGGCCUGCAGACACGGCAUGCGUGACAUGGGCGUACUUUUCUGAUGUGGAUGCAGUCAAGGACACUAACACUGGGUUGGUAGGACCGCUGAUAAUUUGUAGGAAGGGAACUUUGGAUAAAAAUGGCAAAAGAAUUGACGUUGAUCGUGAGUUUUCACUGAUGUUUGUUACGAUUGACGAGAACAGUAACUGGUACAUCGAUGAAAAUAUCAAAUAUCUAACUGAAGUUCCAGGACCCUUAGACGAACUCAAAGCGAAUUUUGAAUUUUGGGAAAGCAACCUAAAAGCCGCCAUAAACGGGUACUUGUUUGGAAACGCUCCGGCACCGACAAUGUACAGCGGGGAGAAAGUUGUCUGGUAUCUCCUACAAGUUGGCGGUUUUACUGAAAUGCAUACAGUGCAUUUUCACGGCCAGAGCAUUUUGCAUAAAUCGCUAACUUAUCAUCGGGGCGACGUCUACGACCUGCUACCAGAAACGUUUGCCACUGUUGAAAUGAUUCCUGACGCUGUCGGGACUUGGAUGGUUCACUGUCAUGUGAAUAUUCACAUAACUGGUGGAAUGCAGACGCUAUUUACUGUCUUAGAACCAACAAGUGCCCCAACCAAGAAGCUGCCCCCGCCUUCUGCCGGCGCUUCAAGAAUUAUUACUUCCCUCACGCUGUUGUCAAUCAUGAUUGCGCACACAUUUUUUGUUUUGUAGAAUAUCUCUUCUCACGAGUUGUACAUUUACGAAGAAAAAGAGGAGAAAUCUCAAUUUAGUUUUACAAGUCUCACAGCUUUCACACAUGUAGUCUUGACUUUCGGUGAAGCUUUCUUUUAUCACUCGAAAAUUCUCAGUCCUAUGAUGGUGGGAGAGAAUUUGGCUUGAACAAUGUAUCCAAGAUCUUGAGGAUACUUACAUGUACGGUCAAUAAAUUACCAUUUACUAACCUUGUA